AUGCAGUUUUUGCUCGUCCUGUCUCUUCUCGUAUCUCUUGUCGCUGCUCGGCACGACUUAUUUGUGUCCAAGCGGGUAGCUGUUGAGCGGUGCUUCGCGUACCCAGCCGCCGACGACCCCAAUUUUCUUCACUGCUUACAGGAUCUCAUCUGCUCUGGCCCUACUUUCCCCAACAGUACCACUGUGCCAGUAGCUAACUCGACUGUGGUGCCUACUCCGGCUCCUCCUCCUCCUACAACGACGGUGUCUGUACCCAGCCCCUGCUCGCCUGACGGGGCUUGCGAUUGCUCCAAGAUCGAGGAUAAGGAUGGGGAUGAGUACUUCCAAUGCAUCACCAACCCGGCAUGCGAGCGCUGCCAUUUGUCCACAACUACGACGACCUCUUCGUCGAUUGCCUCUCCAACGUUGACGCAGACUACCCCUAGAACAUUCAGCCCUGGCACGUACACGGUGCUCAUCAACGGCACGACAUCCAUCAUGGUGCUGCCGACACAGGCGACUGUCACGCUUACAAAGGUUGUUACACCCGACAUCACUAGCGAUGCGACUACUUCUAGCGAGGCUACACCAUAUGCAACGAACACGGCGUGCCAUGAUUGCGAUUGCUCUCUGAUUGCGGAUAAACAGAGCGAGGAUUACUUUGAAUGCAUGACUGAUCCCGAGUGCGAGACAUGCCGCAGCGGCCAGCAGGCCAGAUUGUUUAACAGGAAGGGGUUUGUGAGACGCAUGUAA